AUGAGCACCGACCGCUCGCCAGCGUACGCGUCGAGCCUGAAAUGGGACGCCGUCCGCGGCGAACCAUACCUCCAGCUCCCGUCCUUUCCCGACCUCCGUCUGAUCCCUUAUCGCGAGGGUAUCGCCAGUGACCUAGUGACGCUGUUCAACCACCCGCCCGUCGGAUGUCGGCUGUUCGCCCUACCGUACCCCAUGUCGCGCGUCUUUGCGGACCAGUUGGAGUUGGACAUUCUUGCCAAACAGGCGCCAAUUCUUGAAAAGCUCUCAAAUUCAAAAAAGACAGAGGGGAUCGGAGCCGUGUGGCCGUUUAAAGCGCUGUGGAGCGAGUCCCAGUCGCGCGUAGUGGGGGAUAUCUUCAUAUGGCCCAACACGGUCGAGCCGAUGUGGGACGAUGCUCGACAGGGGCGGUACCAAGCCGGGCAAGCGACGGAGAAAGGCUCGAUUACGGAAGAGUCAGUCGUCUCCCUCCCUCCCGCCGAACAAUCCUGGAUGAUCGGAUACGUCCUCGAGCCCGAGCUUUACGGGCAGGGCAUCAUGUCCGAAACCCUCGCGUGUAUCCUCCAGGGAUGGGUAAAGCCCAUCAUGGGUGUCGGUGAGGUCGCUGCUAUUAUCGCGGUCGAUAAUCUUGGGAGUAAGGCUGUGGCGGAGAAGAAUGGGUUCACGUAUCGCCGUGAGGAGGUUACGCAGUGGCCAGAGGACAAGGGGGGCGGGGUUAAGGUUCAUGGGUAUUAUACGUGGCAGAGUAGCACAUAG